AUGGCAGAAGCCUCUCAGAGCAGCUUUGCGACCAGGUCGUCUCGAUCGUCAUCGUUUUGGAGUCAAGUAUCCGGCUCGACAAACCAACUUAAUAGAGAUAGCAGCAACGUCCAUGAGAAGUCAUUCGGCAGACGACAGCAGCAACCCAAACCAACCAAAUGGACAUCGACCAUCCAGGCUGCAGCGGCCGCUCUGUCGGGCCGUGGGACUGGCGGGGAGGCGACCUCAGUCCGGCCAGCUCGACCGGACAGCUCGAACAGCACCAGAUCCAGAAAGGAUACUUUAUACUUUGGCCGAGACAUCUCGACCUCCAUGUGGUGGCGAUUUCGACGGGGCGGAGAGGACGAGGACACCCGUCGGUUCAUCGACAAGAGUGACGAGGCCCCGCCCCGGUACGAGAACUCAUUUCGUAUGGAUCCUCAACCAGGCUGUAAAUUCCAACCAGAGAGGGUUGAGGAAAUCAUGACUAAAGUCUUGGAAGAUGAAUUCACUAGAGUGACAUAUCGACCUGAAAACGGUCCUGAAAUUGUGAAGAGACUAGCAGAUAAUAUUAAAACAAGAGUCAAACUUCUCCAGUAUGAACGUUACCGACUCGUAGUCUUGAUUCAGGUCGGCCAGAUUGAAGGACUUGAGAUGAUGAUUAAUAACCGCUGUGUUUGGAAUACUGAAACCGACUGUUAUGCCACGGCUACAUUUCAAAACGGGUACAUAUACGCCAUCGCAACGACGUACGGAAUAUAUUUAGACUAG